AUUGUCCGCAGAAACAUCGAUCGUAUAAGCGCCGCGUUCCCUGCGGGCAUACGAAUGCCGACUCCUGAGAAGACGCUAUCAGCCGGAAUCAAUAAUGUCGACAGGAAGUCAGCUGAUAUCACCGUGGGGUUGAGCAUGUGCGUGCAGCGGGAGGCGGCGUAGCCUCGCCACAGUGCCGCAAACUCGCUAUAAAGCGCAUUUUCACAAACAACUCCACACAUACCUCUAAAUCCAGCAUCUGCACUGAAGUCGCACCAUGUCAUCCGAGCAAAAGCCUUACGUGAUCCAUACCAAAGAAACCCCUCUCAAACCGACAUCGCACAGGCUCAAUCCCAAAGUUCACCGAGAGCAGCUGCGCCUGGGUGACCUGACUGGCCUCACGAAGACCGGUGUCCACCUAUGCCGCGUACCUCCACAUAACGAUAGCACCGUGCUGCACUGGCACAGCAACGAGGAUGAAUGGGUUUACAUCGUGAGCGCAGGAGCGGGGGCGGUGAUGCGAAUAAAGGAGGGAGACAAAGAGGUCGAGCAUGUGCCAAUAAAAGAGGGUGAUUUCUUCGGGUUUCCGGCUGGGUCGCGAAAUGCGCAUGCGCUGAAGUCCGGGGAGGGCGAAAUAGUGUAUCUGGUGGGGGGCAGCAGGGAGACGUUGGACGUGUGCACCUACCCAGAAGUGAACGUGAGAGGGGUGUUGGAUAGGACACCAGGCGGGAAGUCUUGGGACGUGGGCGAGGAGGCAGUCGUACAAACAUAGGAGAUACAAAUGCAGCAGAUAAUUGCAGUUAUUUUCUUUCUUGCUGCUCCAUAUCCAUCGUGGACGUUUCAUAUCAGCAAAUUGCACUGAAAUGGGCAGAAAC